CUUCCUGUUGACAGCAGGCUACUAAUUUAGUAGUAGUAUUAAACACUUGCAAGUUGUCACUUUCUGCGUUGUUUUUUUCCCGAAUGAGUUUCACUGUCGGGAGGGCGGAGUUCAACUCACCAAAACCCUCCAUAUUAUAAUCUAAGUGUCAGACAGAAUCUUUACCUUUGGGACAAACAUCGAAGGAGACCUUGUGCCUUGCUAUUCACUCUUCUGGUAACUCGAGAGGCUGGUGUUGUAUUUGUAUUGAGUUACUAACCGGAGACGUUGUAUGCUCAAAUAACGUUUUUGGACCGUUUAAAUCCAAACUAUUCAAUUUCAGAAUAAAGUAACUGUGAAGAGGAUUAAAGAUCCCAAGGAACAUCAGAGAAUUCCAAAGAUUAGCAUGGUGGGUCAAUCAAUCAGUGAGUGAGACCUGAGAUGGGCCUCCCCUCGUUACUGUGCAUGUGUGUGCUGGUGACCCUGGGUGGCCACCGGGGGGUGAUCUCCCAGGCCCCCUCCACCCCAUCCUAUGGCGAACGAGGCUCCGACCUGGGUCUCCAGGUGUUCCAGCAGGUGGCCCGCUCCAGACCCCAGGAGAACGUGGUGCUCUCCCCCCAUGGCGUGGCAUCCAUCCUGGGUAUGCUGCUGCCAGGCGCCCACGGAGAGACCCGCAGGCAGCUCCUCACAGCACUCCGCUACAAGAAGAAUGGCCCUUAUAAGAUGUUGAAAAAGCUCCACAAGAUGCUGACGGCCAAGUCCAACCAGGACAUCGUGACUAUCGGCAACGCUAUGUUCUCCCAGCAGGGCUUCCCUAUGGAGGAGGCUUUCAUGUCCUCCAACAGGGCCAACUUCCAGUGUGAGAGCCGGACCUUGGAUUUCACUGACACCCAGGCGGCUGCAGCCACAAUCAACAUCUGGGUCAACAACCAGACCAAAGGCCACAUCCCCACUCUGGUCAAGGCAGACAUGUUGGAUGGCGCUUUGACCCGCCUGGUGGCCGUCAACGCCAUCUACUUUAAAGGCCUGUGGAAGUCCCGCUUUCAGACAGAAAACACCAAGAUAAGAACCUUCAACGCGGGAGACGGCAAUUCAUACAAGGUCCCCAUGAUGUCCCAGCUGUCAGUCUUCAACAUUGGUCUGGCCAGCACACCCCAAGGGCUGAAUUAUAAGGUCAUCGAACUACCGUAUCACGGCAACAGCAUAAGCAUGCUGAUCGCCCUGCCAUCUGAGGAGGACACGCCCCUAGGUGAUGUCAUCGCUCACAUCAGCACAGCCACGGUACAGAGCUGGACCAAGCUGUUGCACCAGAGGAAGGUCCGCCUGCUGCUGCCCAAGUUUACUGCUGAGGCCGAAGUGGACCUGCAAGCCUCCCUCUCAGCCCUGGGGAUAACGAUCCUAUUUGAUGAGGGCAAAGCCGACUUCAGACACCUCAGUACAGAGCCUGUGUAUAUAUCUAAAGCUCUACAGAAGGCCAAGAUCGAGAUCAAUGAGGAUGGAACUAAAGCAGCAGCUGUUACGACUGCCAUCUUAAUGGCCAGGUCUUCUCCACCUUGGAUCAUCGUAGACCGACCCUUCCUCUUCCUCAUUCGGCACAACCCAACAGGUACAAUCCUCUUCAUCGGCCAGGUCAAUCAGCCUUGAGCCUUUCCUGCCUGCAGAUAUCCCUUUCACUGGAAUGUGCCUUCCGAGCUUCAAAAUAAUACAUUUUUAAUAUACACAGCACACACUUCCUUGCUCACAUGCAAGCACACCUAUACCACACUUGCACACAAACAACAUACACACUGUCAUACUCAAAGACUUGUAUUUGUGGACAAUGUGGACAUAUUAUGAUGCUAUUUCUUUUAAAUGUUUGCAUUUGAUUUUACUUUUAUUAUGGUCCAUAAUAUAGUGUUCUGCCAAUGAGACAUUUCCAUUGUGUUUAAUUAUCAUUUCUAGAUUAUUUGCUACCUUUUUUAAAUGACCCUGAAUGUCAAAUGUGUAUAUUAUUAUGGAGUACAUUUCAGUUUGAAUUCAUGUUAUUGGUGAUUUUGCAUGUUCAAUUUAAGAUUGGAAAGUUACACGCCAAGUCACUGACUUUAAUUUAGCCACUCAAACCCAUGUUUUGAUAGGCAUUAAACUCUGUUUCCAAUACUUUUUAUUUUUUAAAUAAACAUCCUUUCUGUUGUCUCAA